AUGCCGCAGCACAGGGCCCCUUCAAAUACGCGUUACACAGUCCACUUGAACGAUACCCGCGAUCCCUCACGGAGUCGUUUAUCACCCACCGCACCACAGACCCGUGGGGACGGAUUCAGACCAGCAUCCCCCACCAAAGCUAGCCGCUCCAAAAGUGUGCUGCUAUCAAAAGGCGCAAGUGGCGCUGGUAAAGAAAAAACUCCCGAUUCAAUGCGAUCCAAUGCGUCCCGUAGAAAAGUCAUUUCCCGCAACUGCGCGCCUAAAGUGUCCUCUAACACGGCACAGUUUGCUCGAGCUGUCACUGCAGCCUCCCUCUCAUGCGCGUAG